CUUUCCUCAGUUUCUAAUUGAUCCUUUCUAAACAACAAUUGUUCUCUUGCACUGACUGUCACAUACAGACAUGAAAGCCAGGUAUAUGUACAGCUUCUAUAUGUAAAAACAGCAGGUUUGCGUAACGCAUUCACCUGCACAUCCUUUGUCUGUUUUUUGGUUGCAAUCUACUUGCUUUGCAUAUCUGAUCUGUGACAUUAAAAUCGUAACUGCAAACAUUGGCUGUCAGUGUCUCUUGUAGAGGAAGCCAUAACAGUAGUCGCUGAGACGACAAAAUGACUAUGAACACGUUCGAGUGUUUCACAUUUGCUCUUUUAACUGUCUUCCUUUUGCCGCUAAUAUCUGCAACCGUCGUUCAAGACUUUAAUCAUGUGGAGAGAUGCAAGGACUCCCUGUAUAUGGGGACGCCACCAAGAGGAAUCAUUGAAAGCAAACUCAAGAAAAUCUGUCAACGCUAUGCAGAUAAACCUCGUUAUGUGACGCUCUACGACCCUCGCAAGAGGAUUCCUGUUUACUCAGCUUAUACCUUCAAGAAAACAGAGGGGGACAGACGUGUGGAUUACCCAUGGAUGUACGAGCCACAGCUGGCAGAAAUUGAUGGCAAUGGAAACAUGCUUCCCUUCCCCACUGGCUACCUGCACAUGAAGUUUGAGGACAGCCAAGCGGUGUUGGAUGACUACUCUGAUGUGGUCCUCUAUGAGAGAGGUCACCUGAAUCCAGACCAGCACCAAUCCACUUCACACGACCGGGCCGCCACCUACACUUUGACCAACGUGGUCCCACAGAUACGGGAAUUCAACAUUGGACCAUGGCGUGAGUAUGAGGAGAGGAUCCGGGUCCGCCUUAAUAACUUCUGUCGUGGCACUGCCUUCAUAGUCACUGGCGUUACCACCAGAGGCAACAUGAUCCGUCGCAACAACCAGGACAGAGUGGCUAUUCCUGAAGAUGUGUGGUCUGCUUACUGCUGCACUGACUAUGACCGCAAUUCACCCCCUGACGUCCGCAUUCGCUUCCCAUCUCAUGCAGCCUUGGCCAAAAAUGCCAAAGAGAGCAACAGCGUUAAUGAAAUGUCAGUUCAGGAACUUGAGAUCUUUCUGAAAAAUAAUAUGGAUGUUGACCAGAAUCUUCAGAUCUUUUAUGACAACUGCAUUUCUCCCUCACCUCUUCCUCUGUACCUACAACACACCAUCUGAUAGCUCUGUCAGAUACAUGUGUCCAUGUGGGCCUAUAAUUAUACUCAUACAACUAUACACCUGUCAUAGGAGAUUUGUUGCUACUGUUAAGAUUAGAAAAAAAACUGCUAAAAGAAAUGUUUCUUACACAAUGAUUAUUAUCAGAAUUCGUUAUAUAUACAGCGUGGUGCAUAUGUAUUGCUUUAAUGUGGUUAUGUUAUAUGUAAACAAAAUAUUUGAAAAGUACUAAAUGUGUGUUGAGCACAUUUUCAGUUAUCUGUAAUAUUUUCUGCAUCUUAAAAUUCACAAGGAUACAGUAUAUACAUUUUGAUAUCUGGUCCAUAAUAAAAUGUACAGUAACUUGAAUGUUAACCUAUCCAUGAGAGCCUGUUUAUAUAUUACAUUUCUUAUAGAGUUGGACAACUUCAAUUAAGACAGAAUUCAUUACUUAAAGAUUUAAAGAGAUUUAAGGAUACUUAAAUAUACAAAAAUUAAAAAUUCAAUACAUGGGAAUUAAAUAAAAAUGCUUAUAUCUCAUACAUCUGUAAAUAACAAAUGAAAAAUAAAUAAACACCUGUCAUUCACCUUUCAAAAUUGUUGUUGCCUAAAUGUCCAUCACUUGUACUCGGGUUUAACUUUUUGAGGCACUGAAAAUUAUUAACUGUGAACUGUGUAAAUUGAUGGAUCUCAAAACUAAAUAUCUUCAGUGUACAUUAAAAACACACCAAGGAAAUUAGCCUGGGUCUUCUAUUACUUUUUGAUGGAGCCGUAUUUGGUAAAGGCAAAGAAACAUACAAAUAAAGAACUUGCAUAAUGCUG